AUGCCGACCUCGCGCGCGCUCGCGCGCGCGCUCGCGCUCGCACUUUUCCACGUCGUUGCCCUCGUUACCGUCGUCGCCGCGCAGCCCGCGACGCCGUGCGAAGAAGGCGGGACCGCGUGCUUAUGGAAAGAAUACCUCGACGCCGCGCCCGACGCCGCGGCGGUCGCCUCCGACGCGACCGGCGGCGGCGCCCCCGCGCGGAACGUCCCCCCGCCGGAUAACUCCGCGGACCUCCCGAAGUGCGACGACGGGCAGUGGUUGAAGAACCCCGACGGCGGGCGCCCGGACAAGCGACGGUUCGACAACGCCACGGGACGCGCGAUAGCGGACCCCACUAUCGACGGCGACGAUACAGUCGCCUUCGGAAAGUACAAGUACUGGCCCGACUGCAACGACUUCGAGACGGACAUCCACACGACGUGCGCGGAGCUCAACGAGCCCGCGUGCCCGUACAAACCCCGCGAGGCCUCCUCGAUCCUGUGCGAGUGGAAGGCGAAGGGCGCGACGAACUGGAUGGUAGACACGACGUUCAACGGCGCGCCCGUCGGCGAUGCGAGCCGCUCAAGCUCCGCGAACAAAGGCGCUGCCGGUGACUGGCUUCGCAUGGCGUUCCACGACUCCGGGCAGUUCUUCCUGGACGGCAAGCACGGCAGCGGCGACGACGCGAGCUUGUGGUACGAGGUGAACAAGGACGCGACGUCGCCGAUGUUCCGCGCGAAUUUCGAGAUGGCCGCGCAGACGUUCGACACGCGGAAAAAAGUGUUUCGACCGCUGAACCGAUGCGGCGCGAAACCCGAAGAGGGGUGCCGGUUCCCGUGCGAGCACAUCUGCGAGUACAAAGACACGAGCACGACGUUCGCGCACUUCAACCCGCAGACCGGCAGCGUGGAGGUGUCCAGCGCGUCGGACUGCUACGGCGGCUUCAGCGGCUCCGACGAGGCGGCGGCGGCGGAGGAGAAAUACGCCGCCGGAGACGAGGCGGCCGCCGCCGUCGAGACCGUGCGAUCCGCGCGCGGCGGCGGGGACGUUCUCGCGGCGCCGCGUCCGCGCGGCGGCGGCGGCGGCGACGCGGCGACUGCGGCGUCCCGGCCGUCGUCCAGGACGACCCCCGUGGCUCGCCCGACGACGACGACGCGCGGCGGCGACGGCGUCGCGGCGCGACUCGCGUCGCGCGACUCGCCCGGACGAAGCUUGCUCGAGGCGGCCACCCGCGCGGACGGGCGAACGUUCAGGGACCACCAUGAUUCGCACGAGACUACUCACGUCGACCCGGGCCUUCCCGACCCGUUCGCGAGCUGGGUCGACAAGUGGGACCCGUACGCGCGCUGGCGCCCGGGAGGGUCGCUGAACCUAUCCCCGACGAAGUGCUACAAUCGGUGCAUGAAGCGGUGCAACAACACGAUGACGCGCCAAGCGCAGAGAAAAGAUCCGACGUACAACUCCACCUCGGGCUCCGUCUUGUGCGUCGUGUCCAUGUCGGACUCGAUUCAGUACGCCGCGGCCGCCGCGGUCGAAGUCACGGGCGGGCCGAAGGUUCUGAAGCACAUCAAGCCCGGUCGGUGCGACGCGACGACGCUGGACGCGACGUUCGGGCUGCCGUCGCCGCACACGCAGUCGGUCAAGGACAUGACCACGCAGAUUCCGUUCUUCAAACCGUGCCACUGCGGCGGCUCGGAGCUGCUCACGACGUUGAGCGGCUCGCACACGCUCGGGCACGCGCACUCGCGAAUGAUCAACCAAGAGUGCGAAAACCUCAUCCCCGGCAGCACGGAGCGCUCGCGGAACAUGGACGUCACGCCGUUCACGUUCGACAACGAGUACUGGAAAGCGCUCGUGACGGCGAAGUGUCCCGGGCGCGCGGGGAGCUGGAGGCGCGUCGAGAUGCACAACUACCCGAGCUGCACGUCGCCGUACCUCACGGACGACUGGGCGAAAUCGCAGAGCUUCACGAACGCCACCGGCUUGUUCACCAGCGAAACCGAAUUCCCCGACAACGCGACGCUUCAAGCCAUCUACAACGACUCGCUGUUCUACACGACCCCGGCGGCCGACGUCGCGACCUGCGUGAACGUGACGUCGUCGAACGAAAACACGUGCUCCUCGACCGCGUGCGCCGGCGCGGGCUGCGGCACCCUGAAAGACGUCGCCGGGUGCUCGUGCGAUACGUGCGGCCACGACCCGCUCGCGCACUGCACCGCGAAGAGCACGUGCGGGACGUUCCACAGCGACCAGAUGCUGUGGGCGACGCGGGAGACGAGCCGGCAGGUGCAACUCUACGCGAACGACCAGGAGGCGUUCUUCAAGGACUGGGUGAACGCGCACGUUCGGAUGGCGCACGUCGGGUGCGAAUCCUGCGGCGUCGGGUCGCACGCGGACGCGGACCCGUGCGGCUCCGAGGGUCCCGCGGGCCACGGGCAUCAUUUUUUCAAGGGGUAAGAUGGAUGAAGGAAAGGAAGAGAUGCACGAACGAAAGAACGCACGCACGCACGAACGAACGAGAAGAAGACAAAGUCAGAGCACGAACGCGACGAACGAUGUUCGCAGCUGGGAGCGCGAAACGCGCGAGCCCCCGCGUUGAUGUGAUAGAGCAAGAACGCGACGAACGAUGUUCGCAGCUGGGAGCGCGAAACGCGCGAGCCCCCGCGUUGAUGUGAUAGAGCAAGAACGCGACGAACGAUGUUCGCAGCUGGGAGCGCGAAACACGCGAGCCCCCCCGUUGAUGUGAUUUUCCCGCGGCUCGAGAAAAAGAACCAACCGAGCGCGGAGGCGCCGAGCGCUAGAAUGUGAUGAUGAUCUACGGAAAAGUACAAGG